AUGGUGACCUACGCCGGGCUGCACGGUGCACGGGUUGACGGGAAGGUUUUCACAUGUUCCAAUGUAUUACAGUGGAACAAAGCUAUACCAGAGACAAAACGGUUGCAGCUGGAAAAAAUGGAAGCCAGCAGCAGUGUCGUCCAGGACGCAUGGUUAUGGAGUGGUUCGAGAAAAGUUUUUUUGACGGAAGAAGGCAAUGUUGCUGAUGUUAACAUGCAGGAUGGAAUGUAUGAUAUGGGAGUUGAGGCAGAUAAAGUUUUUGUGCAGAUGGAGGGGACAGCUAGUGGAUUCCCAGACCAGUUGAUAAAUCUGGAAGGUGUUAGUGUAGAUGAUGUUCUUCAAAUGGAAUUCAGCACUCCCGAAGAAGCAAGUGAUUUCUACAACAACUAUAGUCGAGUGAAAGGUUUUGCAUCAAGGCAAGGGAAGAAAAUAAAGAAUAGCAUAGGGCAAAUUGUUAGAUAUACAUUUGUAUGUAACAGGCAGGGUUUUCGAGAGAAGAAAUGGUUGGAAAAAAUGGAUAGGAAAAGGGAGCAUAAGGUAGUCACUCGUUGUGGAUGUCUCGCUGAGAUGAGGAUUAAAAAAAAAGAUGGAACCGGGAAUUGGUACGUGUCGCGGUUCAUUGAUGAACAUAACCACGAGAUGGUAUCUGCAAAGUUUGUAAAUUAUCUAAGAUCACAUAGGAAGAUAUCGGAGGUUGAGAUUGCUCAUCUGACUAGUAUGAGGGGAAUUGGGAUUAGUAUUCCAAAGAUAUACGAAUCUUUUGCAGCACAGCUUGGAGGUUUUAACAAGGUUCCUUUCACGAAACAAGACAUGUAUAACGUGGUUAGGAGGCAAAGAGAAUUGCAAGGUGGAGAUGUGAAUGCUGCCAUUAGGUUUUUGGAGGGGGUUGCUCGUGUAGAUGGUAGAAUGUUUUGGCGGUAUAAGGUGGGAGCGGAAGAGCACUUACACGAUCUUUUUUGGAGUGAUGGUCGUAGUCAGGAUGAUUAUGCUGUUUUUGGGGAUGUGCUUGCUUUUGAUGCAACUUAUGGACGUAAUAAGUACAACCUACCGGUGGUGGUUUUCUCAGGAGUUAAUCAUCACAACCAAACCUGUGUGUUUGCCACGGCAAUGGUUUCAUGUGAGUCUCAAGAAUCAUAUAUUUGGGUUUUGCAACAAUUCCUCGAUUGCAUGCAAGGAAAACCGCCAAUUUCAGUGAUCACAGACGGUGAUCCUGCCAUGCAAAUAGCCAUACAAUCUGUUUUUUCCCAAGCUCAUCACAGGCUCUGCGCAUGGCAUCUUUUGAGAAAUGCAACACAGAAUAUAUGUGAUCCGCGUUUCACGCAGUUGCUAAGACAUUGUAUGUUGGCAGACAUGGAGAUUGAAGAAUUCGAAAUGCACUGGCAGUCAAUGGUCGACGAGUGUGGCGUUGUUGAUGUAGAGUGGGUGAAAGACUUGUAUAGGAAAAAGAAUUCCUGGGCGACCGCCUACAUACGAGGGAGAAACUUUGCCGGUAUAAGAACCACAUCUCGUUGUGAAUCUUUACAUGCUAAGCUUGGGAGGUUUGUUGAGAGUAGGUAUGGAGUAUUGGAGUUUGUCACUAACUUUCAAAGAUGUGUAGAUUUUCUUCGUGAUAACGAGGAUGAACUCGAAUUUAGGUCAUGCUAUGGUACUCCCGUGUUGCAAACAGAGUUUGUAGAGCUGGAAAAAUCUGGAUGGAGUAAAUUCACACGAGAGAUGUUUUGGAGAUUUCGCGAGUCCCUCAAACGAUGUGUUCGGGUUAGGAUAUUUGAAAGCAAGGUUACAGAUCAGUCCCACAUUUACAAGAUUGAAAAGUACCGGCGACUGGAUAUGAGGUGGAUUGUUGUGUGGGAACCUGUCACAAAUAAUUUCAGGUGCACAUGCAUGCGGAUGGAGUCCUUCGGGCUACCAUGUGUGCAUAUCCUUGCUGUAUGUGUUAGGUUGGAUUUAUGUGCACUGCCCGAUAGCCUUGUGUUGCACAGGUGGGCAAAAACAGCAAAGUUAACUAUUGGUUCAGGUGAAGAAACAACGGACCACGCAGCAACUUAUAGAAGCAGGUUGGGUGCCUUUUCUCAGAUAUGCAAGAGGUUAGGAUGGGUCGCAUGCAUGAGUGAUGAGGACUUCAAGCAAUACUCUAAGAAGCUUCUAAGUGAUGCUGUUGUGUUAGAAAUUAAGUACGGGUUGAGACCUGAUGAACCUAUGGUGACAAGGGGGUUAGUCCGUCAAGGGAUAAAGGACCCGGUCCGUGUUAGAACAAAAGGCACCGGACAAUGUUCCCAGGCAGCUCCGUCAGUUGGAAAGAAGCGACGAAAGUGUAGCACAUGUGGCCGACUUGGACAUCGAAGGACGCGAUGUCCCAAUGCACCGAGCCAGACUUCCUUACGGCCAAGAGAGAACUUUGUGCUUAAUAGGAUGACUCAAGAAGUUCAGGGUGGCGAAAAACCAGUUCGGAUUAGGAAGCGGAAGAUUGGUUGUGAUCCUUCUGUUGUCCAACCACCCAUUUUCUCCAACUCUACCACAUGUGACAUUCCAAUGCAGAUGAGAGUACUUGCAUCACCUUUGAUGCUUUUGAAUAAUUAUUUGAAGUAUAAAUUGUGA